GGUUCAGUUUCAUUCGUAAGCUCGGUUCGUUCGGUUCAGUCUUUUCCUUCCAGUUAUCGGCGGUCUGAUUCGUUAGUUGAAACGUGCCAUCAGUUUACUUCAAUACAUACAAACUUCUAACGGCUCUGUAGGACAUUCUCCAGUUGUGGCGAAAAAGGUACAUAGAACCGCCCUUCGUAGGAGUGUGAGGGGUUGUGCGACAAAGGAAUAAGGGUCACCACCCACCAGACACCCCCGCGCGUUGAUCACUGCUGGCGAAAAGUCAUAGGAAGUGUAUUUCAUUGAUAGUGAAUAGUCAAAGUGCACCAUUUUUGAAAAAGGAAAGGAAAAUUUCCAAACCGAAUUGGCGAAGUGUAGCAGAAAACGUGACGCAUCGUAGAAAAUUUUGUGUCACCACAGACAGAACAGAGAAAAAUCAAAUUGUUAAAGUGUACAUAUAGCAUAGUGAACAGCUGAGGGAAGCAAAAUUAUGAGUAGUAUUAUUUAUGUUCCCGUUUUGAUCGUUUAAACUCCUUUUCAUCAAAUUUAAUUUGUUAUUAAAGAAGAAUCGCACGAAUAAAGCGACACUACCGUAAACAACCUGAAACCCAAAGUUACCGAACCAAUUCGGUUAAUCCGCGGUGAGCGCAACUUCCAGACACUGAUUCGACUCGUCGGUAAACAUGAAUCACACCUUUCGAACAUACAUCGGAGUGACUGACUAAAUGACGGUCGAGUAGUGCCGCCGCGCCGGUUGCCGCGUAUCAUCAAUCACCGAAAUGUACAUCAGAUAGCCAACAGUGGUGACGCGAAAAGUACGGCACCCGGCAAGCGACACGUCAAAAGUGUGGUUAAUUGUGUCUUGAGCUCCAGUUGAGAAGAAAGCAUCGCGAACUUGAUGCGUAAAAUUAACCGCGAAACUCGUGCCGUUGCCAGUAAUUAUCUGUUAUGUUCGGACACUGUGGAUUUAAUGCGCUAGCGGGUUCUUUGAUCGUGGGAUUGAAUCCAACGUGCGGUCCCAUUUUGCCAGGCACUCACUAUCUAUAGAUAGCCAAAUACACAUUUCAUUUACUGUCCAACAUAUUAUUGAAUGUGAUACCGUUGUGUUUGUUUGUUGUGUGAUUCCCGCUCCUGAAGUUUGAAGCAGUCCGUAACGAAUUUGCCGGGAAGUGGAAAGCUCUACUGGAAGCUGGCGGCGGAGGUGGUGGUGCCUGUGGAUUGAGCCUGAGCGAUCCGGAACAGCACGUGGCAGGCGACAGCGAUAACGACGGAGACAACGACAGUAUGACCAAUUCACAGCUAUGGUUUCGCGGGGUUCGACCUUCCAAGUUCCGGCACGUGUACGGUCUCCCCACGAGGAAAGAGUGCUGCUACACCGACAUCAGUGUGGUACGUAGCGGCAAUGAUGGCAACUUCUGUGCCAUCAAUCCCACAUUCCUGGCCAUCGUAGCCGAUACGACAUUUGUGGUGAUCCCAAUCAACCAAACCGGAAGAAUUGAUUUUCAAUGCUGUAAGGUAAUCGGACACACUGGUCAAAUCCUCGAUCUUAAAUGGAAUCCGUUCGAUGAUAAUACGAUUGCGUCCGCUUCAGAUGAUUGCACCAUCAAACUAUGGAAGAUCCCAGAGGGUGGAUUAACGAGCAAUCUGAGCGAAUGUUCCACUGAGCUAGUCGGACACAAACGUAAGGUGCUGCACAUUGAAUGGCAUCCGACGGCGUCAAACGUGCUGAUAAGCGCCGGUUUCGAUCACUUGAUUUGUAUAUGGGAUCUAGGCAAUGCCGAGAAGGCGCUGCUGAACGUGAUCAAUUGUCACGUGGACAUGAUCUACAGUUUGGCGAUCAACCGUGACGGUUCGCUGAUAGCAACCACCUCUAAGGACAAGAAGCUUCGGGUGAUUGAACCUCGCAGUGGAAUUGUUGUUUCGGAGGGAGUUUGUCACAUGGGAACGAAAUGUUCAAAAGCAGUAUUUUUGGACAACGAUCGCAUCCUAACGACUGGUUUCUCCCGCCAUUCAGAUAGACAAUACGCUGUGUGGAAUCAACACGAUUUGAAGAAACCGUUGGUACAAGAAGUAAUCGACAGUUCUAGUGGGGUCGUUACUCCAUACUUUGAUUAUGAUACUAAAAUGAUCUACUUAGCCGGAAAGGGAGAUGGCAAUAUUCGGUACUACGAAUUGGUAGAUGAAGCCCCUUAUGUGUACUACCUGAAUCAGUUCCUUUCUGGUCAGCCCCAGAAAGCGCUAGGAUUCAUGCCGAAGCGGGGCGUAAAUGUUGCACAAUGUGAAGUGUUCCGAUUCUAUAAACUACACGCUGCUGGAAAUAUAUGCGAACCGAUUUCAAUGAUUGUUCCGCGUAAGUCAACACUUUUCCAGAGUGACCUCUAUCCGGAUACGCUGGCCGAUAUUCCGGCGAUUGGUGCCAAAGAGUGGUUCCAGGGGAGGAAUGUGCAACCCACGCUGAGGUCUAUGAAGACCGGCGAAUCCAUUCUGGAUACAACGACCAGUCAGAAAACCCGAAGCACUGAAGGCAAAUAUGCUACCAUUCACCACACCAGUAGCAAGCACAAUGUCCUCAACAACCACCAUGGUAAUCACAACGGGAACAGCAAUAACCAUAGCCAUAGCAAUGGCACUAAUGGCACGACAGUCAACAGCAACAGCUACACGAAUGGUGUGACACCCCUCUCCAACGGUGGCAAAAAUAACAAAGAAAAUGAAAUCGAUAACCGGAAGUUUGAUAACAACACAAAGAAGUUUGCCUUCCUAUCCCAGCCUACGAUACCAGAUUACAGGCCGCAAGCGGUAACUAACAUUAUCGAAAAAAGUCAGAAAACCUCGACAAACCAGAGUACAAAGUUCCACCAACUGCAGGCGAUCUUCGGCCAGCAUCAGACUGCCAACCACAAGGACAUAGCCAACCUGCAGAACAAUCUACUUAGCAGCUCGAGGAACAGCUCCCGAAACAGUUCCCUGGAGAAUAUCAACCUGUUGAACUCAGAGAACGAGCUCCGAAAAGCGUUCAACAAACAAGCCGAGGAAAUUAAGAGUCUACGAAAAUCCCUCAACAAUUCCGAGAAACGAGUACGAGAACUAGAAGCGGAAGUCAAACGGUUACAGGUUCAACAGAAGCGUUAGAAUCUUUGGGUAAUUGAAUAGGUGAAGCACUACGACACUCUAACAUAGUAAUAAUUGCGUUUCUUGAUGCAUACAACAUACUACUUUUGCCACUCUCUGCUUAACCCGCUCCGCUAUAAAAAAUCAGCUUUAUUCUUGUAUAACAGUAAAAUCAUUCUAAUACGAAGCAGGUAAUUCGUAUCAACAAAACAGACGACAUUCAUAAAAAUUAUUUACUUACUAAUCCGAUAGUAUAUUAGUAUUACAUGAAACGCAGAGUGCUUGCGCUGCGCCAAUUUGCGCACUUAUCAUAUUCAACCUGUAUCGAGCGAACAGAAAAUGCAUUUCCGGUGUCACUGAGCAUUUUUAGCAUUACAAAAUAAUUUCGCAUUCAUCUGGGACAGAACAACAAACUAAAGUCCGAGAAAAGUAACCGAUAAGACUUAACCAGCAGAAAUCUAUUACAUACCGAACCAACCGAAUAUAAUUGUAGAAAACAUGCGUGAAAAAACACAAAUGGGGCCACGACCAAAUCAAACACUCCCAAAUUAGGACAGAGAGUGCGCUGGCUAGCCCUUAUUUUGUUGUUUUAGAGUCAUUCAAUAGACAAGGAAAUAUAAUAGAUUGUCGCGCUUUAGGUGGUUUGUUGCAACUGCAUACUUGAAUGCCUAGGACAGGUGUUGUGAUUGGGGCUCAUCCUAUAGAAGAAUGGGCUUCAUCAACCAUGAGGAAACAAUUUGGAACAAAGAAGGGAAAAGCAAAAGACAUGUGAUUUGUGAUUUACUAAGAAGUAGUAAUAAUGUGAAAGCAGUAGCAAAAGAAAAGCCGUCAAAACACAAUAUAAAUGUAGCUUAAGAUUAGUGGAUAACGUUGUGAGCGUAUAUACUUUUAAGAAAAUUAUUUGUAAGUAAAGCGAAAUAAAAAAAAAUUAAUAAAAAAUCGCAAAGACAAAGUCAAAAACGAGGGAGAAGUACAUUACAAAAAGCAAAUGCGGACAAAUAAGAACAUACAACAACAACAAUACACAAGAAGACUAGUUACCACAAAUACAAUUACACGCCACGAAAAAAAAAAAUGGUUUGACAAGGAGCAUAGGAUGAUUAGGAUACAAACAAGCGCUCACAUGACAUACAUACAGCUUCAAGAUUGGAACCUCAAGAGUAUUAUAAAUGGAUGUUUGCGGAGCUGAAAGUGCUCCUUCAAGUGUGAAUAAUAUAAAAAAAAUGUGAUUUAAGAUGAUUGCUGCUUAGCAAAGCCAAGUAAGUGUGCGCAAGAGCUGGAUGGUUCUAUCACGUUUUAUUGAUUUUUUCCGUUACUCCAAUCCCUCGUGUAAAUUAAGUUUGACAUUUGGUUUUUAGUCCUUUCGAACGUUUAUGGGGUGAAAUGAGUUGACCCGCCAAACUAUUUUGCUGUUAUUAUAUUUUGAAACGUUUAGCUGUCGGACAGAGUGAAAGCCUUAUUUGGAUCUAAACUGUAAAUCUGUGAAGGAAAACUAAAAAAAAAUCUUCACUUUUACCUUAUAAAUAAUAUUUUGCAAUAAUUCUGAUAAACUAGAUACCCUGCAAACAAAACUGGACUAAAUAAAAGAUACAUAAAGUUUAUCAGCUUACAAAUAAAAUAUGCACGUUACUACUAAUUUGUUGUAUGUGAGCGACCAGUUUAAACAUAGUUCUCUGUCCGGAAUCUAGCGUGGCGCUGAAAUAAUUAAAUCACUGAGUUCCACCAGUGGGAGGGCCAUGAAUGAGCGGGCAAUUAUAUACUAUCAAUGCUGACUCCAAUGGGGGACCUUCGACGAAGUCUUGUUGUGAAAUCGUAUUCCAAGUGCUUCUCUUGAAAUAAAUCAAUUGAGACCGUAAUCUAGAUCUCCCGUCUCUUACUCAGUCGUGGUUCAACCAAAUGAUAUGAUUUAUGUUACUUCACUAGAAAUCUACAGAUUCUAGCCAGCCAUGUACUAAAAAUCAAAAAAAAAUCCAUUGUAAUGUGGCUGAGUAAGCUACAUUGUUGACGGGAAUACAGAUGCUGCUCAAAUAGAUCUUCUCCCAAUAUUCGACUAUUUUGAGUCGUUUAUACCUAUUUUGGAGAGUACACUAAACUGUUCCUCUCACUGGUGGUACCAUAGUUAUUUUAUGCGUAUUAUAUAUUUAUCCUCCACUCAUUGUGAUCGCCUAUCACUGUUGUGGUAAAUAAGUAAUGCGAAAAAAAAAAUUAAAAAUCCGGAUGACAUAUUACACUAAAUAUCAUACACUUAAAAGAAA